CAAAGACAGAUGAAUUGAACAGUAGGCACUGGGUGGGAUAUUGGCCAUUGCAUUUGGAAGAAGUGAUUUUGUGAGUGUGUAGAAAGAUUAGGGUUUUGUGUGCGUUUGUAUAGAGUAGAAGAAGAAGAAUUAGGGUUUGUGUAUACGUAGAUACAGAGAGAUAGUGUAGAAGAAAGUUUGAUUGAGGGAAAAAAUGGGUAGUGAAGAGGAUUCGAUCGAGCAAAGCGUUGCGUCCCGUCGCGAGAGACUGCUUGCUCUCAGAGCGGCUCAAGAGUUGUCCAGUGCUCCCGAACCAAAGGACAACGACGAUGCUGAAGAAGAAGAAGAUCAACAACAAGAAAUGAAGUUUCGUAACUACGUUCCUCAUGACAAGAACCUUCAGGAAGGGAAGCUUGCCCCUGCUGUGCUCCCCAAGUUCGAAGACCCUGUCGAUGUGCCUCCACUCGAACCUCAGGCUCAGGAGGAUCCGUUUCUGAAUAUUGCUCCGAAGAAACCUAACUGGGACCUGCGGAGAGAUGUGCAGAAGAAGUUUGAUAAGCUGGAGAAGCGAACUCAGAAGGCUCUCUAUCAGCUCAUGGUGGAACAAGAGAAGCAAAAACAAUUGACUGAAGGAGAUGAUACAAAUGGCACAGCAGAGUAGAUUGCAAUUUGUUACGGAAACUGAAAGAUAUGGAAGCAAUAUUUUGAGAACUCCUGUUCCAUUUAAGCGUGUUAUUAACGCAUAAAGAAUAGGAAUCUGACACAGAUUUAGCAUUGUAUCGUGAAUUUCGUAUCAUUCACUUCUCUUUCCAUGAACAAGUUUGAGUAUAUUAGAUAUGUUUGUAGAGGUGAAUAUCCCUGGGAUUCUGAUAGUUGUAUCAAUUAGUUUAUACAUAACACUACUCAAAUAUGGGAAGAUUUAAUUUAUUUUCCUCUUUUA